ACACCUGGAGGACUCUUUUUCUUCUUCUUCUCCUUCUUCUAUCUCUUCUUCUCCUCCUCCUGCUGUUUUUAAACGAGGACGUACUCUGACCUCCUGGAUGUGUUUCGACUCGUGGAGAUUUCAUUUCAUUUAAUUUUCCUCACCUGGACUUUAUUUGUGGAAGUUGGAGAAAAAAAGGACUCAAAGUGAAUUAUUUUUGGAUAAAAAAACCCUGCUGUGGGAAAGAUGAGUUUCCUGCAGCAGUGGAUCUUCGCUCUCUUCUUGCUCUGCUCUCCGGUCACCGGCCGCCCCAUCGAUGCCGUCAGCAGCAGAAUAAAGCGCUCGGUGUCUCACGCCCAGCUGAUGCACGAUAAGGGUCGCUCUCUGCAGGAUCUGAAGAGGAGGAUGUGGCUUCAGGAGCUUCUGGAUGAAGUUCACACUGCAGAAACCAGAGAUCUUCCCCCCCGCCCUCCCCCAUCUGGAGGGGGAGGAACCAGCACCGAGGGAGUGGGGGUGAGCACCACGGGAGAAACCAUGCACUCAAAACCCCCGGGGGGAACCAAGAACCUCCCCCUCAUCUUCAGGGAGGAAGAGGAAAAGGAAAAAGGAAAUCUCCCACAGGAAACCAACAAAUCUCCGAGAGCCCCGGGGAAAAAGAAGAAGAAAGGGAGAGGAGGAAGGAGGAGAGGAGGAGGAGGGGAGGAGAAGAGGAAGAGGAGGGAAAGA